AUGUAUGAAGCCACCUACUUUCUGAAUGAAGUCAGGCACAGCGUGCACAGCUCGGAUACUAAAAGCUAUGGCCACCCAACGGUGAUUCUUCUCAUUGGGUGGCUGCCAGUGUCUGUUAUCAUCAGUCACAUUCUCCUAAUAUUCGGGGUUUUCCGAAAGCGAGAUUUGUCUGCGAGAAGUCGUGGCUUUGCCCCCUUGCCACCUCAAGCAGAGAUGUCUUACUUCAUCUGCUGCAUUCCCCUAAAAUACAUGCGGGAGGCCACGCCUUAUGUGAAGAAAGGGUCUCCUGUUUCGGAAAUUGGCUGGGAAACCCCUCCCCCGGAAUCGCCACGGUUGGGAAAUUCAUCCGCCUGUCCACCGUCACCCGUAUCAUCACCUGUUCAUGGGGACAGAAAGACCAUCCCACUCAAGAUGUGCUUUGUUACAAGAAGCCUGACAGUCUCUGACCCUGAGAACAGACAUCUAGAACUGCAUUCACCUGAUGGCAAGCACACAGUGGUGCUGCGAGGGAUGGAUCCUGCGGCGACCCAGGCCUGGUUCAGCGCCAUUCAUGGAGCGGUGACGGAACUUGUACCCAAGGUGAUAGCCGAGGUCCAAACUCAGCUGGGAAAAAACGAAAUCUCUGGAAGUCACGAAAUUCGGCACAUGGGCUGGCUAGCAGAAAAGGUCCCAGGAGAGAAUGAGAAGCAGUGGAAGCGAGUUUUACUGGUUGUCACAGAAAAGGAUCUACUGAUGUAUGACAGUAUGCCUCGUAUGAAGGAGGCCUGGUACAGUCCCGUGCACACCUACCCCCUCAUAGCUACCAGGCUAGUGCACUCAGGACCAGGGAAAGGGUCUUCUCUGUUUGGUGCGGAGUUUUCAUUUGCAACGCGUACCGGCUCCAGGCAAGGGAUUGAGACUCACCUGUUCAGAGUGGAGACCAGCAGGGACCUGUCACUGUGGACCAGGCAGAUUGUGCAAGGCUGCCAUAAUUCUGCCGAGCGCAUUAAAGAGAUCACCACUCCGUGUGCUUACAAGGGCCAAGACUGCCGAUUAGUGAUCAACUACGAGCAUGGAUUCUCUAUCGUGACGCAGGCUCCCGAUGGUACUUUCACCAAGAUCUUAGCACAGUACUCGUAUGACAAGCUAAAAAUGUCCUCCGACGAUGGAAUCAAAAUGCUCUUUUUAGACUUUGGUAACAAGGAUGGAGACGUUCAGCUGGAUCUCCAGUGCUGCCCGAAACCCAUCGUGUUUAUCAUCCAUUCCUUCCUCUCUGCCAAGAUCACACGACUUGGCCUGGUGGCAUGAUGACGCCUGAGAAGACACACAGGGACACAAGAGACUGUAGACAGCAUGGAGCUUAGCACUGCGUGCUCUACCAGUCCGAUGGCAGGGCUAAUGGAGGCCAUUCUAUUCAAGGACCAGCUAAUGGCAGCAGUCUCAUGAGCCCGAUAGGAGAGACUCACAAUAAACCCGUUGGAUAUGAUUGAUA